UGGAUUAAAAAAAUUAUUAUUAUUUUUAAAAAUCUUUAUUUUUCUCUUUUUUGGUUCCACUCAUUGAAACAUUCAUAGCAGGAGAAGAUAAAUCCCCAGCUCUGUUUCUCUGAAUUUAAGUUUAGCUCAUUUUUUAUACUGAUUUCUUCCAAAUUAACUACCCUGAAAAAAGCCUACUACCCACCCUCAAAAUUCCAUUUAUAUAUAUCCCCAAAACAUCCACUUUCUCUCCCUCAAAAAAACAGAGCUUCAAGACCCAGCCAUGAAAAGUUGUGUCAUUUUAGUUUUCCUUGUCUUCAAGAUAGUGGUUUCUCACUCCAGAUGUGAUACAGAAACAGCUGUUUUAGGAGGAGAGAGAAAAUUGGGUAAGGGUUAUGUUUCAGCAGUUGGGGACCCUGGCAUGACAAGAGAUGGGCUGAGAUUGGGUCUUGAGGCAUGGAACUUUUGCAAUGAAGUGGGUGAAGAAGCACCCAAAAUGGGUAGCCCAAGAGCAGCUGAUUGCUUUGAUAUCUCAGCCUCUUCUCUCUCUAAAAGACCUUCAUUGCUUCAUAAGGUGACAGAAGCUGAUAAUAAACUAAGCGUUGGAGGCCCAUUUGAGGGCGCAAGUAACAAGGCCAUGAACAAUACUGACCUCUAUGCAGUAGAGAAAGAGCUCUAUUUGGGCUCAAAAUGUGAAGUUGCAGACACCCCAAAUCCAUGGCAGUUUUGGAUGGUGAUGCUAAAAAAUGGAAACUUUGACACUAAAUCAGGUUUAUGCCCGCAAAAUGGCAAAAAAGUUGGGCCUUUUGAUCAACCAGGAAGGUUCCCCUGCUUUGGCCAUGGAUGCAUGAACCAGCCAUUACUGAACCAUGAAUACACCAGUUUAUCAGAGGAUAUGAGCUUAAGGGGGAGUUUUAAUGGGAGUUAUGAUUUAGAUGCAAAUCUUGGAGAUGGGUUUAAAGGUAUUUCAUUUUUUGAGGUAAUUUGGGAGAAGAAGAUUGGAGUUGGGAGUUGGGCUUUUAAGCACAGAUUGAAGACUUCAAAGAAAUAUCCAUGGCUGAUGCUUUAUCUCAGAGCUGAUGCUACUAAAGGAUUCUCUGGUGGCUACCAUUAUGAAACCAGAGGGAUGCUUAAGACUAUACCUGAAUCACCCAACUUCAAAGUAAGGCUCACCCUCGACGUGAAGCAAGGGGGUGGCCCAAAGAGCCAAUUCUACCUACUCGACAUGGGCAGUUGCUGGAAAAACAAUGGAGCACCAUGUGAUGGCGACCCCACGACCGACGUAACUCGGUACUCCGAAAUGAUACUCAACCCUGAAACACCAGCAUGGUGUAGUCCAACUAACCUCGGUGCAUGCCCACCAUUUCACAUACUCCCCAACAACGCCAAAAUAUUUAGGAAUGAUACACAACAUUUUCCAUACUCCGCCUACCACUAUUACUGUUCACCGGGAAAUGCAGAGCAUCUCGAACAACCUUCGAGUACCUGUGAUCCUUACAGUAAUCCACAGGCUCAAGAGCUUGUUCAAAUACUUCCUCACCCUGUUUGGGCAGAGUAUGGUUAUCCAUCAAAGCGAGGAGAAGGGUGGGUUGGUGAUUCAAGGACAUGGGUGCUUGACGUUGGCGGGCUUUCAAGUAGGCUGUAUUUCUAUCAGGAUCCUGGUACUCCACCUGCAAAACGUGAAUGGCCAUCCAUUGAUGUAGGAACAGAAAUGUUCAUCACGGACAAUGAACAAGUUGCAGAGUGGACACUAAUUAACAAGAAGCCAUUGAGGUUCUUCAGGCCAGAAAAGUUUUCUCAACCACAUUGGUAGUGUUACAAGAAGAGAAGCUGAACACAUAUCAUGUAUCUGCCAUGUUGCUAAACUCAGGGAGCAUGCAAAAGUAA